AACAAGAUCAGAUCUGCCGACUUGACUCUAUUGUCUUGGACUCGCAGUCAUCAGAGCACUUCUACCUCACCUGCCCUCCGCCCACGCGACCGACCUCGAAGUACUUCCUUAGUCUUGUCAAUACACCGUUCCCAGCUUGGAAAGUGGGAGACUAUAUUGCCACCUCGGCACCAUGAGUAGUAGUGAAAUCGCGGCUUUUGAGAAUGAAGUGAAGGAGUACAAGCUCCAGUUGGAGACAGUCCAGCUGGGCCUCCAAGCAGAUCCGGAUAACGCAGAGCUUCAGGAAUUAAAGACUGAACUCGAAGAAGUCAUUUCCCUCACCGAAGCUACGAUCGCAGAACUAAAGCCAUCUUCAGUACCAGUAGCCGCUCCGAAAUCAGAGCCACCGGUGAAGGAGAAAUGGUCGCGAGAAAAUCAUCCCGCCUUUAAGAAGACGGCCCCUGCGCCAAGCCCUGCGGACGAGCCAGAUACGCCUACGAGCUUUCAAGUCAAUGAUACAGUUUUGGCGAAAUGGCACUCCGGCGACAAGGGCUUCUACCCGGCACGAAUUACCUCAAUUACUGGAUCAUCUACGGCUCCCGUAUAUAUUGUCAAAUUCAAGAAUUACGACACUACCGAGACUUUACGAGCCAAGGAUAUCAAACCCAUUGUCAACCCUAACAAACGCAAGGCUGAUGGAACCCCAGUCGUAGCUUCGAUACCCACUCCCCCUGUCAACACGAAUGUUAUCUCUGCAGCCGCAGAUAUCAAUCCAGAUCUUGCGCAGAAGACAAAGCGUGAGCCAAGUAAGGUCAGUGAUGGUCCUGUUCGACCUGCCAAGGUUCCCAAGAAGAUCAAGGCAAACAAGGAAUUGGAAGCUGGCAAAAGUAAAUGGCAGGACUUCGCUUCGAAGGGGAAGUUUGGGAAGGCUGCGAAGAAAGAGAGUAUGUUCCGUACACCAGAAGGUGUCAACGGCAGGGUUGGAUUUACUGGCUCCGGCCAAACUAUGCGGAAGGACCCGGCACGGAGUCGGCAUAUAUACCAGACAACUGGUGACGAUGAUUUUUAGUAGAGAAUGGGUUUGGAUUGGGAAUGGACAGAGCGGUUCUCUGCAAGUAUCAGG